AUGCUAGGAGCACCAAUCAUGGUAUCUUCGGGGUCUUCAGACCUGCCGUUGCAGCUGAAUCCCUGGGAAGACCAAGCUCUAAACUACGGGUUUCCACAACAGCCUCCCGCCCAUAGCCAGGCGGAAAACAACAACAACAACAACAACAACGCCCCGGCUUGGAUACAGCUUCCGGACCCCAUUAUAUAUCCUGGCAUCUAUUCAGCUAGCGGCUUUGAUGUGAUGGGCAUACUGUUGCGGGUUGCUGCUCGACCGAAUCCAUCUAUCGACCUUGGCCCUCUCGACUGCUCCGUGUCUCUCACCUUAUGCGAUCUCAGCUUACCGAAUGCCCCCAUUGUGUAUGCCUCCCCUGGCUUUUACCAACUGACCGGCUAUUCUGCCCCGGAGAUUAUGGGUCGAAACUGUCGAUUUCUGCAAAACCCUCCCGAAAUGCCGCCGCCGGCCAGGGCUAGUGAGCCCGUGGCAGUGAUGCGGCGUGCCAUCCGUUCCAACCAGGAAGUUCGAGUCCACAUUGUCAACUACAAGAAAGACGGGACCUCGUUCACCAACGUUGUUACUAUACUUCCCCUGUGGGCUGAUCCUUCAGGACAUCACUUCGCCGUAGGCUUUCAAGCUGAGUUAUAG